AUGAGGGGCUGGAUCCCCUGCCUGGCCUUGGCCAUGCUGCUGCCCACAGCCAGCGCCCGCCGGAGCCAGGACCUGCAUUGCGGAGCGUGCCGAGCGCUGGUGGAUGAGCUGGAGUGGGAGAUUGCCCAGGUCGACCCCAGGAAAACCAUCCAGAUGGGCUCUUUCCGGAUCAACCCUGACGGCAGCCAGUCAGUUGUGGAGGUGCCGUACGCGCGCUCAGAGACACACCUGACAGAGCUGCUGGAGUGGGUCUGCGAGAAGAUGAAGGAAUAUGGGGAAAAAGUGGAUCCAUCUACGCACCGGAAGAGCUACGUGCGGGUGAUCUCCCAUGAUGGGACCAAGAUGGACCUUUCUGGGGUCAAAAUUGAUGGAGAUGUGACUACCAGCCUGAAGUUUGCGUGUGAGAGCAUCGCCGAGGAGUACGAGGAUGAACUCAUCGAGUUUCUCUCCCACGAGGCCGACAAUGUCAAGGACAGGCUCUGCAGCAAGCGCACGGACCUAUGUGACCAUGUGCUCCACAUCCCACAUGAUGAACUCUGA